AUGGAUCGACCUGAAGCCAUCAAGCUAUCGACAGCACCUGUCAGAAAGAGAAAAAAGAACAACACAGCCACAACCACAGCCACAACCACACCAAUAACAACAACACAAACAGUCUCCACAGGAACAGCAAUAACAACAUCAACAACAGCAACAAAGGGUGGUCGUCGCCAGACUAAUAGAGUAUUAUAUUGUAUUUGUCAAAAGCCAUAUGACGCAUCAAGAUUUAUGAUUGCAUGUGACGAAUGUGAUCAAUGGUUCCAUGGAGACUGUGUCAAUUUUACAGAGAGCGAGAGUGAGCUUAUAGAUUCCUACAUCUGUACUCCUUGCACUAAAGGUACAUUAAUAGCAGACUUGGCAUGA